AUGUCAAAAGCAAAACGUCACAAGAAGAAACAUCACCAUGGUGCAACAGAUGAGAAUAAGAAGACAAAUGAACAUUCGACGAGUCAAUUAUUCAGUGAAGCAGAUGCUAAAUCUAUCGAAACCUCUGGUUAUUCAAUGAGCCAUGGAGCACUUCAAACCAAUCGAUUCAUGCAAGAACGCACAAUACCGACAGGUGUUGUAGAUAUUGACGAAUCUGUACAACUUCCUAAACCAUCUUCGAAACUUCAUCAUCGACAUCAUCAUUCAAAACUAAAUUCUGUUCUUCAACCUAAUGAAAGCUAUCACAAAGAACAUGUUCAUUUACCACCGAUUAGUGAUCGUUCUCAUCACCAUCAUCAUAAUCAUCCGUCUGGAUAUCUUAAUGCACCAUCUGAUUAUUAUCAUUUUGAACAUUUGUCUCAUUCUAAUCCAGUUGGUCAUGAACAUGAGUCAUCUCAUCAUCGUCAUCAUCAUCAUCAUCAACAACAACAACAACAACAUAAUCACCAUCAACAUAAACAUCAUCAUCGACAUCAUCAUCAGCAUCAGCAUGAAAAAGAAGUUGAAACAUAUGAUUCUCGUUGGUGGUAUAUGCCAGUCAAUUCAGUUCAUGCACCGAAACCAUGGCGACCUCCUGAAUAUCAUUAUGUAGCACCAAAAUGGUACGAAUCACCUAGCAAAGAGAGUAGAAUAUCGAUUGAUACUCCAGAAUCAAGAUUAUCUCCUCGAAAAUAUAUUGACUGUCGAUGUGGAGUAUGCAAGCCACCAAAAGAUACACCGCGUGGUAUUAAAUGGAUUGUCAAUGAGUAA